AUGUUGCACGGUCAUUAGAGACUGAAGGCAAACUUUAUGUGCCUCUCUGGCUUCUUUUGAUAUAAAACUUUCAUUAACCAACCGGAUCCCCACCGAUCCCCUCUAUUCUGGCGAGUUAUCAGUGCAUACAGUGUUUACUAGAUUCUUGCCAGCCAGUACAAUGCAAGCUGCAUACAGCACCGCUGAACUAUACUCUACCCUAUAGUCUAGCUAAUCUUGGUCCAGCCAGACAACAUACACAGCUAGUCCGGUGUUACAAGUCAGCAAAGCAAGAGAUCCAUAACUUUUUUAUUACAGGUAACGUGAGCAUGCAGUUGAUGAAAAAUUUAAUUACAAGGUGCUAGGUAAGUGGAUGUUUUCACAGCUAGAUCCACGCACUACACACUGUACUGACCACCAGAGAGGUCUUCUAUUAUAUAAGUGUACCCUACAGCAACAACCUCAAGAGGAACUGUCAUACUAGUGUUUGCACAGUAACAGCUCUAGCUCUGUGCAGUCACAACCAACCUGUCUAAUAUGUUCGAAACCAGAGGAUGAGGUGCCGUUUUAGUUGGAGAGUCACUCUCAAAUUCAUCGGAGCAUGUGUCAUUUUAUUCAUUGUCUACCAAGCACUCAAGUACUUCAUUGUAGCCACUGGGCUAUACAGACAAUUGGAGCCAGGAGCAGUGAAAGGAUACGUUUAUUGUGAUGUCCAAUUAUCGGCUUUCAAGAAUUUUUCUUGGAGAUAUCCCUGCGAUUUCACACCACGACCUAAUCCUAAUGGUCCUAUUAUCGUGACAUUUGUCAACGCAGCUUGGUUGUCGCUGGCACAAAACUGGGUAUGCUCAGCCGAGAAAGUUGGACUCGCAAACAACAUUUAUUUGAUAUCAUUCGAACGCGGAGUGUGUGCUAAGUUUCCUGAUGUGAAGUGUUACGAACAUCCUCAUGUUACUGUCAAAGGCACUGCAUUCGGUAAAGCUGGCUACCGGACAUUAAUGAUGGAGAGAACAAAAGUCAUUCUACGAUUGUUGUCUUGCUAUCAGAACGUUGCUUUGGUAGAUGCCGAUAUAUCGUUUAUGAGGAACCCGUUGAGUUAUUUGGAGAGCGUAAUGACAAACAAAGAUAUUGUGUUUCAAGCUGACAGUGUUGGAGUUGGAUUCGUGGAUGCUGUUCUCCCGUUUUUCUUUAGCUACAUUUGUGGAGGUUUUAUUUUCAUGAAAUCAAACUAUGCUACAAAGAGACUGUGGAUGUCUGUUCUGCAGUAUCAGCAAAACUUCUUCUGGAACGAUCAAGCCGGAUUGAACGUAUGCAUUAGGCACCAUGGUCAGUCAGUUUCCUGGGAGACACUCGACAGUAAACAUUUUCCUAAUGGUCGUCAGUUUUUUUUCUAUGAGGAAUCAAGUAUGAAUGAAGUCAUGAUUGUUCACGCUAAUCACCAAUACAAGGUGUGGACAAGCACAUACGAAUGAUUGGAGCUGGUGUGUGGUGCACUGAACACUAUGCUAGAGAACUGUGUAACAGUCGGAAUGUGUUUAGGUCUAGGUGUGGCUCAGUUGA